UCAUUGGUCCCUUGUUAACCCCUUUCUAUUGGUUGUUGACCCUUUACCUGAUGGUUUUUUCUGUGUGACCCUGACCUUGUGAUUGGUCCCCUUUUGACCCUCCUAAAAGCCUUAUAAACCCCAACCCCACAAUAAACUUCCUCUUUCGUCCGUCCAUCCCUGUGUGGUCUGUGUGUGCUCCUUGAGGGGUUGCCGGGCCACGUGCAGGGGCGGGGGGAAGGGCAUUCACCUCGCAGGUAAUGGGGCUGGCACCCUAAGGCCUGGAGGUCUCCCCAAAUCCCACUAAUCCGCCGUACUGCUCCUCCACAAUUUAUUUUCAUAUUCUAGUUUAUCACUUCAGAUAAAGAACUAUCAAGAAAGGUCAGUGAAGCUGACACAAGCCAUGUCCCUAACAAAACAUUGGUGAAAGAGUAGAAGAUUUCUGGGAUACAGCAGCUCCAGUACUGGGAAGCCGCUUCUGCAGGUUAGGGGCAGCACUUGCUGGAGGAUGAAGUAGCCCAGGAGUCAAGGCUCACCGGGACAAGGUUGAUGGCUUGCAUGGAGCUUCUCUACCUGGCCAAGGAGAGCAGACAGGUGCCCCUGGGCACCACUACCAGCUGGAGCCUGCCCUCCCCUCCCUACAAGCAGCAGCAGCAUGAGGGGGGUGAGGUAGACCCCAGAGAAGCCCUCCACUGUGAAAGGCAUUGCAAGCCCUUGCAGACAGGCCCUGUGGCUGAGCCCCCCCUGGCACCUCAGCCCUCAUCCCUGGACACCUCACCCCAGGAGCACCUUGCACCUUCCAGCAGCUCCCAGCCCUGCCACCCACCUGAGCACUCGCCCAGGGAGGAGGACAGAGGGAAGAAGAAAGCCUGCUGCUGUGCCCAGGAACUUGAGACAUCAUUCACCUACGUGGAUGAAAAUGUAAAUCUGGAGCAUGCAAGAAGUCCCCCCAGUCCUACAGGUGGACAUUGCCAGGAUGCCCUUCUGCAGCAGCAUUCCUGCAGGGAGCUGCCACCUGCAUGGGUGCAUGAUUCUCCUUCCCUGGUCUCUGAGGAGGAAGAUGCUGCCUCGGAGGCGGCAGCCGGGAAAUCUGUUGACUAUGGGUUCAUUAGUGCCAUUUUGUUCCUGGUUAGUGGCAUUUUGCUGGUGAUAAUUUCCUACGUGGUACCCAGAGAUGUGACUGUGGAUCCCAACACUGUGGCUGCCCGGGAGAUGGAGAGGCUGGAGAACGAGAGCGCCAGGAUUGGUGCUCAUUUGGACCGCUGUGUUAUUGCUGGGCUGUGUCUCUUAACCCUGGGGGGCGUGGUGCUCUCCAGCCUGUUGAUGAUGUCCAUGUGGAAAGGGGAGCUGUACCGGAGGAGCAGGUUUGCAUCCUCCAAGGAGUCUGCAAAGCUGUAUGGAUCUUUCAAUUUCAGAAUGAAGUCUGGAGCAAAUGAUAAUAUGCUCGAGCUGUCAUUAGUUGAGGAAGAUGUGCUUGCCAUAGAUAAUUAGUGUAGUCAUGAUUUUUAAGGGAGCAUUUCUGCAGGAAAAUAAGUUUCAUUAAAGAAAGCAGAUGCAGCUAAAGAUAGCUGGUGAUGCAGUUUGUUUGUCUGACAAGAAUGGUUUUAUCUUAAGCUCUAUAAUCAAAUGUUUGCAAUAUAUGAGCACUUGUAAAGAGGAAAUGUGUCAGAGGAAAUGCAAAUGAUGCAAAAUAAUGAAAACCACUGAAUAAAAAAAAUUGUGAUAA